CGCCCGUCCAUCCAAUAAUAACGGUAAGUUGGGAUGACCUUGACCGUACUCGCAGUUUCUGUUGACCCACAUGCUGACUAGAUUGCUCGUUUUCUCACGAGACGAAGCGCGCGAGGCAAAGCGUCACGAACCAGAACGACUUCCUAUUGACGACAAAGAGGGUCACUACAUCGUUCGUCAGGAUGACCUGUUGGGCGAUCAUCGCUACCAAGUCGUCAAGCUCCUCGGUCAAGGCACUUUUGGUAAGGUGGUUCAAGCUACAGACCUUCAUGCGCCGAUCGAUCGCUCUGGCCGUCGUAAAGAAGUAGCCGUCAAAGUUAUUCGCGCUGUACAAAAAUAUCGAGAUGCCAGCAAGAUCGAAAUCAAGGUCCUCAACCUUCUUCGCGAAAGAGAUCCCGACAAUGUCAACAAAUGUAUCCAUCUGCUCGAUGUGUUCGAUUACUGCAAUCACAUUUGUAUCGUGACAGAAUUACUGUCACUCUCUGUUUUUGACUUCCUCAAAGACAAUCAGUAUAGCCCCUUCCCGGCUAGCCACAUUCAAAGCUUUGCCAAGCAACUUUUAUCCAGUGUUGCCUUUCUGCACGAGCUUCGCCUGGUUCACACUGAUCUCAAACCAGAAAACAUCUUACUACUUGAUGCCUCGUCUCAUCUAAUCUCUACCAAGCGGGGAGCCAAUAAAUCAAAAAAGGUUCUACGGUGUUCCGAUAUUCGCCUCAUUGAUUUUGGUAGUGCCACCUUUGAGGAUGAGUAUCACGCAUCGGUCGUCUCCACUCGGCAUUACCGAGCACCUGAGAUUAUUUUGAACAUGCCCUGGUCAUUUCCCUGCGAUGUUUGGUCCAUCGGCUGUAUCCUAGUCGAGUUUUUCACUGGAGAAGCCCUGUUCCAAACUCAUGAAAAUUUGGAGCAUCUCGCCAUGAUGGAGGCUGUGUUCGGCCCCAUGCCCGAAUCGUUCGCAAGGAGAGCCGCGCGUAAUCGCGCAGAAUGGUUCACCAAAAACUAUCGCCUGGACUAUCCACAGUCUAGCACAACCCGCCAAAGUCGCAAGUUUGUACGAGCCAUGCGUCCACUAGAGGACAUCAUUCCUCAAACAUCGAUCCAAAAUGCGCGCUUCAGGGAUUUGCUCAGCAAACUGCUUGAGUGGGAGCCUCACAAGCGCAUAACGGUCAAGGAGGCCCUGAAACACAGCUAUUUCACCCUUAAAAUAGAUGAUGAAGGAACGAUAUACUAA